ACAGCAUUCCAACAACAGGUCUUUCAUCUCACCACGACAACUAAUACCUAAUCUCGAGUAAUAUCUCUUCACAACACGACACAUUCACAAUGAGCGUCACUGUCCUCGCCCCUACUCCUGUUCUUCCUCCCGUCAGAAGAGCCUCCAUGUGGGAGAAGAUGUUUGGCAACUUCAAGAUGGGCAAGGAGAUCGUGCCUGUCGGAGACUCUGGCCUUCUCAGCCCUACUAUCUCCAUCCAGAAGACCAGAAUGGCUUCAGUCUCGACUGCCAUUGACCAGAAGAACGAGGCCUACAACCGCAAGCCCUCAGUCUCUACCCAGAUGGACUCUGAGGUCCCUGCCGUUCCUGCCAUUGACCGCAAGUUCUCUCUGUUCGGCAGCCACAACCCCGACUCAGACGUCGAGAACACCUCCCCCAUGGCUUCGCCUACUACCUCUCGCCGCCCAAGCUAUGUUCCUCGCAACGCUGCUUCCAGCUUCCUCCGCACUACUACUCCUCUGAGUGCCGAUGAGAAGGCGGAGGUUUGCCGCAGAGCCAGUGUUGCAGACCAGGCUGUUCCUGUUCCCACUGUCGCCUUCAGAUCUAUGUCUAUGGCUUCUCCCUCAAGAGCCCACAAGCCCGCUCCUCUCACUUUUGUCUCCGCCCCUGCCUCCCACGGUCUGCACAGCAUGGAGGGCGCUUGCGAAAUCGACGACUCUGCCAGCGAUCUUGUCUCUCCUCGCGGUGGUACUUUCUCCAUUGCCUCUGCUCCUCGCUCACCAGCCGACACUAUUAUGGAGGAUCCCGUCACCGAGAGCCAAGUCGACUCAGCAAAGGCCAGUCCCGAGCUCAACCCUACCAAGGGAGACUCUACCGUUGCCGUCGUCGAGUUGACAUGUUAAGCGCAUCUCAUCUCUUCGUCUUUUCUGCGACCAAAAAGAUUUCUUUUCCUUUUCCAACAUCUCAGGAGCAUUAUAGACUGGCACAUCAUGGCGCGAGGGGUUACUGCUGGACUUCAGCCUUUCUCGACACUAAUGGAUCACUCGCUUGAAGACGAGUUCGAUCCGACACAUUU